AUGAAUACCACUCGACUCUCCCUACGAUAUCUGACUCCGGCGCUUCCUACCCUCCGACCUGUCGGCCCUUUUCAGCUCCCAACAGCACACUUACAAAACCGUCUACAAUCCACCUCCAGAACACUACCGAAAUUGGCUCAGACGUCAGUAUGGACAUCAUUAAUUCCCAAGUUCAUCCGAAACCGCGGCUCCAAAGAAACCAAACCCUAUAAGCCGAAGUCCAAGGAAUGGAACCCCGCCAGUUUCUAUAUCAUCAUCUUCAUCCUGAUCGGAUCCCAGGCCAUCCGGAUGAUCGCAUUGAAGAAUGACUAUGCGGCAUACACGCGAUCAACGGACGCCAAGAUCAGGCUUCUUCGGGAAGUGAUAGAGAGGGUCAACAAUGGGGAGAAGGUAGAUGUGGAGAAGUUGCUGGGCACGGGAGACGAAGCGAAGGAGAGAGAAUGGGAGGAAGUUCUGCGUGAGAUCGAAGCGGAAGAUUCAUUAUGGCAUCGCAAGGCCGCCGCAUCGGAGUCCCAGCAAGAGCAACAGCAGGUCAAAGAGCCGGAACAGCCAACCCCGAAGGAUCCUGUUGUGCCGGCUGAGGGGCCUGCAGACAAGUCCUUGCCCGCCGAUAGCAAGUCAAAGAAGAAACUCAACUUCUUCUGA